GGGGGGCGGGCCGAGCCGGGCCGGACCAGGCUCGGCUCAUAGGCUUCAUGUGAUCCUGCAGGGAGGCGUUUGGGCUAAACAAGACUUUUAACAACACCCAGCCUGCAGCACUUGAAGGCUGACCGUCCCCCUGCUUCUCUCGCGGUGCUCCAUUUGGGAUAUUUCCAUCAGUUCAUUUCGGAGAGUGACGCGUUGCAGCUCCGGUUAUGGGGGACGCUCAGUCUGCGCAACGAGAGGGCAAGAAGGAUGAGGCUGCUGCUGAGGAGGAGAGCGGAAAAGUGGAUGAUGCUCAGGCUGAGCACAGCACUGGAGACAAGGUAACAUUGAGAUUUUCCAUCCAGUUUGUUGACAUGCUGCGCAUCAAACUCCCAGAGACAAACUUCAUCAGCUUUAGCGCAUUGAGGGUGCUUCAGCUAUAACAUUAACAUACUCCUACAUAGAUGCUGCUUUAACAUAAUAAAACACAGGCUGUGGUUGUGUGUUAAUAAAACUGCUGAGGCUGGGUUUUCUGUCAGGACAUUGCAGGAGCUGCUUGCCAACGCAUGCAUUAACCCCAAGAUAAAAACCCAAGUCCAGGUUAUAAACAAAGGGAUUACAUACAUUUUUAACUCCAAGUAUCCAGAAAAUGUCACCAUGGUUACUAACUUUUGCUUAGUCUAGUCUGACAAGAGCUGCUGUGCCAUUAUGAAGACCAUGUUUCACUGAUACUGCAUUGGUUUGCAUUUACUGUAGCUAUAGGUGAAAAAAAAUGAAGAAGAGAGGAGGAAUAAUGACCUUUCAUUCUCAGAGAAACCUAAAGCCCAGGGGGGAGAUGGAAUUUCCUCAUAGCUGCACUCAGCAGAGGGAAACAUUGAUUAUUUGUGUACAACAUGAUCACUGUGUCAUACUGAGCAGGAAGUCAAUUACACAGCACUGUACUGUGAGAAUGAGAAUAACUGAAUAUUUCAUUUUCUAACCACUCAUAGAACUGAGUCAAUGUUUUGAUAUAGGAGGAGUAAGUUUCUGUUUCUGCCACAUUUGUAAGAGUACCUCUUGUUUCAAAUACAUCUAGUUUUAUCAAAAACACUACUAAAAAGUUUUUCUCAAAAAGUUUUAUUUAAAGUUAAGUCUUUAAAACUAAUGUGAAGAGCUUUUAUCUUGUUGGGGUAAUAAAACUGAUAAUGGUACCUCUUAAGUGCCCACAGAAAUAAACAAGAUCGCAAGCAAGACUGAAAUUUUUUAUAAUGUUAACAUUUUUUGCUGUGAGGCCUUUCUCUUAGAUUGAAACUUACAUUUUUAGGAUGCGAUUUUUGAUCAGAAAAACACAACCGUGUCAUAUGGCGUUGUGUCCACAGGGAGUGCCAAAAUCAAAACAGGAGCUUUGAUGAGUUUAUUUGUCUUUGUCAUGAAUAAAAACUUUUAUUUUGAGUAUAAAACUGUUUCUGUUUUGAUACUGUGAUUAUUUAUGGUACCAUCCAUUAAAGUGCCGUCAAGCGUUUUGGUUCUGGAUGACUGAAAACAAAGUGAUGACUGUUCACACAGACCAUGCUAUGGAAAAGGUGUGAUCAUGUUAAACAGCGGGUACAGAAAAAUCAGCUCGCAGAUAUCUUUGAUCAAAUUACAGACCACUUCUUCCUCCUUCAGUAUGCAGAUAACUGUUUUUCUUCUGCAUUUGCUAAUAGUUUGGUCACUUAAAAAGUCAACUCACUAGGCUGGGUUAUCUUGCACGAAAAAGCAGCUAUAAGCAACCACAAGAUCUGUGGCUGAAUGAUGACAUGAUAAUACGCCUAAGAGAUUGCGAAACUCCUUGGUGUCACCUCAAAUGGUAAAAAAAUAGUAGAUCUUGCUGUAAGUUUUGAACCUUAUGGAUGUGUUUAUGGUUGUAAAGUUACUCCACAGCAGUUGUGGUGCGUGUGUUUCUCUUUUCCUGCUCAGUCUUUUCUGGAUAAUCUGGCUCAAGGAUUUAAAACUGGGUUAAUUACGGUUGUAAACCUGUAAGACUAUCAUCACAUCAACCCCAAGGUAUCAGACUGUUUUUACGGAAACUUUUGGGCUUUGGAGCCCAAUUAUUUCAAGAUUUAGUCUAUUUGUUUGCCACCAUUGAGUGGCCUGAAAGGUCUUAUGGAUUUAUCUUAUUGUUUCCCAGCUAUAAGCUCACAAGCAAAUGGUUUUUCCCUUUCAUAUUAGCGUCAAAGUUCUUGUGAAAGUACUGUUAAAAAUUGGGAAAUGUUUUUGAAAAGGGGCUGACAGAAGUUGAGUAAUGGUUACAUUUGAUUUGAGUUUUGAUUCGAUUUUUGUUCGGAGCAAAGUGACAUUGAGGAUUUGAAUUUUUGUGCUUUUUUUCAGCCUUUGAAAAACAUUGUGCAAAUCUCUGAGAUCAACGAAAAAGCAGGCAUCUCAAUAGCAGGAGUAAAUGGUCACUGUGAGGAUGAGGUCGCGACAGACGGUGGGUACUCAUAAAACUGUCUAUUGAGAAUUAGGGUCGGCAACAUUUGUUCAGAAACACAAUAAUUCAGAAUUCAACUUUCAUCUGUCAUUUUUUUGCGAUUAAAAUGUUUUAAUGUUCAUUACUUUUCUGGUUUAGCUGUCCUUUCACAAGAUGGUGACAUUUUAGAAACAGAAAUCCCACUUGAAGAAGAAGAGGAGGAGGAACAAGCACCAAAACAUGUUGAAAGGAAUGAAAAGGAAUCCUCAAAUGGAGUUGAUGUUGCUCAAGAUGUACCGCUGGAUAUGAUCGAAAUAGAUGCAAAAAAGAAUGACAUUAACGAUGGUUUUCGGAAGUUUUUCAGCAACAUCGGUUUGAGAUUGUCGAUAAAGAGGGGCUCGAGUGACCUCCUCAGAGAGUCGCCUGAUGAGACCAACAGGGAGGAACCAACAGGGACCAACAGGGAGGAACCAGGAGCAGAAGAACCCCUUGACGUUGUUGUAAAUGAACCUACAUGUGAGAGUGCUGAACAGAAUACUGAUGUAAACACUGCACAGGUAACUAAUGACAAUGAUUCCACUACAUGUCCUACACUGACAGACAUUUCACCGGAGGAGGUUGUAGAAAAUGCGGAAGAAAAAGCAACAGAAGCCAAAGAGGAUGGUGAAUCAGACAAUGCCGAUCCACCAAUAACUUCGCCUGCAGAGGAGGAACAACAUCAGGAGGCCACACCUGAGGAAGAGCUGCAAACCACGUCUGGACAAGAGGAAGUCGUAUCUCCAAUAAAGAAAUUUUUCACAACUGGAAUCUUUUCUGGACUACGGAAGAAAAGAAGACCCGCAGAAGAAGAAACAAAUGAGAAAGAGAUGGUUGACAUGGGAACAAAAGGAGCUGUGGAGGUGUUAGAAGAAAGUGAACAGAUCCAACAACUUGAUAAAGUGCAAAUUGAUCCGGGUAUUGAGGCAGCUGUGGUUGACACAGAAGAUAAAGAAAAUGAACUCCAGCAGGAGGUCCUUUCCCCAACAUCCACUGAAACAACCGAUGAAGGGAAACCACCAGUGGAAGACCUAUCAACUCAUGAAGCUCUGGACAAUCAAGAGAAGGAAAAAGUUCCAUCAAGCCCUCUCAGAAGGUUACUGUCAGGAUCUAGCUUUAAGAAACUCUCCAAAAGGCCAAGAAGCAGGAGGUCAAGUGAAUCAAGGUUGUCGGACUCGGGAGAACAAGCUGCGGAUCAGCUCAUGUCAUCCACAGAGUCAGCUGAGAAUCAUAAAGAAGAUGGAUCCACACAGCCGUCCUCAGAAGUACCAGAAGAGGAGGAUAGCGCGUGGACUUCCUUCAAAAAGCUUCUAACACCUAAAAAGCGAAGAAGGACACCAUCUUUGAGCAACAAAGAGGCGGACAUCCAAGCAACAGCAGAAAAGCCUAAACAAAGCGAAGGAGAGCACAUUUCGGACCGCAGUACAGAAGAAGACAGGAAAAGAAAAGACUCGUCUGUUUCGUGGGAAGCCGUUUUGUGUGGAUCUGGGAAGAAAAGAAGCCGAAAAACAUCUGACUCUGAGGAUGAAACACCUCAAGUUGAUAAUGACAAUAAGCAAGACCCUACUUCAAAACAUGGUGUGGAGUCACCCCACGAAAGUUCCAAUGAGAGAAAGAAUGGCACUUUGGUGUCUUCCCCCAGAGUACAUCGCACAGAAAGUGAUGGACAAUCAACAUGGAUAACAUUUAAAAGACUUGUCACUCCCAAAAGAAAAGCCAAAGAUGAAGACGAGAGCAAAGAUGUUGUGCAGUCUGAUGGUGAGCUAUCGCAAGAUGAGUCCUCUUUUUCAAUAAAGAAACUCCUACCUGGUCGCAAAAAGAGAAGGUCUCCUGAAAAGCAAGACCAAGUAUCUUCAGAUGAGGCUGAUAAGGAUGUGCCUUCAGGUGAUGAAGACUCUGAGACACCAGCUGUGGUUCCAUUAUCUGAGUUUGAUAUACCUGAGUCUGUGGUGCAAAUUCAAACACAGGUAGAUAUAGAGAGUCGCAUACUGGAGGAAUCAGACCAUAAAAUCCCACAAGACCUCCUUCAACACACACCUGAACCAGCCCUACCUUGUGAUGGUCCACAAAAUGAAGCAAAGGAUGCUGAAAAUCUGGCAGCAACAAACCCUGCAAAAACUGAAGAUGAGGAGGAGGUUUCAGAAUUAGUUAGUAAACAUCAACAACUCAGUGACAUUACAGAAGAGGGCAUCAUUACAGAGACCAUCCCUACUCCAGCUUCAGCCAACGAUGAGGCAGGCAAAGAUGACACCAUUGCAGAGGACUUGAUAGAGAUCACAUCGGAGGCUUUUACUGCACCUGAGCCUGCCUCGGUAACCACUCUGGCAGAUGAGACUGAGAUGAUCUCUGCAGUUUCUCAGUUAUCUACAGAGUCUUCAAAAACAUCAGGCAACACAACACCAGUCCCAGCUGAAUAUGAGGUCAUGGAAACAGAUGCCCUCCUGCACCAGGUGGUUGAAAACAUCAGCGAGGCUCCAAAGGCAGUCCCAAUUUGCUCAACUACUCCAAAGUCUGAAAGUAUUGUUGGAUCUGUUCUUCAUCAAAUAUUCAGAUCAUUUGUAAAGGAGGAAAGUGCAAGUGCAGCACCUGUGUAUGGAGAAGAUGUCCUGGAUGAAAGUUCAGAAGUUGACGCACAAAUGCAAAUGGUUUUUACAGAGCCUCAAAGUGAAGCCCAAAGGGAGACAGAAAAAGUACAUGAAUCGGAGACAGAAGCUGCAAAAUUAAAUUUAGAGGACAGUGAGUACCCGUCACAACAGGAAGGAAUAUCGGCAGAAAUAAUUACAGAAAAACCCAAAGAGACAGAGGAGAUUUUCACAGAAGCAAGCGAUGAGCCAGAAAACAUAGAAACACAACUGGACGCUUUUAAAGAUGAGCAUGUUCAAGAGCCAGAAGUAUUGGAAGUUGUUCCAGCAACUCCAACUUUAGAGGAUGGCAGUGCACCAUCACUUGAAUUGGAAGUAAAACCGGAGGACGCUUCAGUUGCAGAAACAGUCACAGAUGAACUCAAAGAGGAAACUUUACCUCUUGCUGACGACAGUUUUGAGCUGCUGUAUGCUUCCACAUCUGAAUAUGUUGAAGAACCAGAAGUGGUGGACACAGCACAAGCGUCUUCAGAUUCAAAGGUAGACAACCUUCUUUCGCCAGAGGAAGUGAAACCUGAGGGUAUGCUUGAGUUGGAAAAAGCUACAGAUGAACCUAAACAAGAACCAGAAGAAGGUGUUCAGCCAGAUGACAAUCUGUUGGACAAAGCUGAAGAGACUGCUGAUGAUCAAGAACCAGAAGUAUUACCAUCUAAUGUAGAAGAAGCAGGGAUGGAAGCCAAAACUGAGGAAGACAUAUUUACAGAUAAGCAUGAAAUUCCUGAAAGUGUUGAUGGAGGUAUAACACCAAUACCUCUCAGUGAGGAUACUCUUGAGCAAGUAGACACUCCUGAAACAGAGGGUAUACAAGAACAAGAACUACAGACAUUACAACCAUUGGACAGAAUAGAGCAGGAAGAGACACUACAAGUGGGAGAAGUUGUCUCUGGAUAUGUUGAAGAACCACCAUCACUUGAUACAGGAGAUACAGCAAAGGACAUUCCAGCUGAGGAGGAUGCAUCUAUUGAUGUUCCUGCGGGCACAGAAAGUGUUGAAGGAGGUACUGAAACUGUACCUCUCACUCAGGGGAGUCUUGAGUCAAUGGAUUUGCUCACAAAUGAACAGGUUAAAGAACCAGAAGAUCUACAGACAGGGCAGGCAUCACCAUUCAUUAUUGGGGAAACCCAACAAGAAAUGGAAGAGCCACAACAAAAUUUACAAGUUGCAGAUGUCAGAACUGAAAAUGUUCAGGAACCACAAGUGUUGCCAUCUGUUGUAAAAGAUGCUGUGGGUGAAACAUUGAUUGUGAUGGAGGAACGCACCCCCAUGCCUGAAGUCACAGAGAGUUUUGAGGAAAUUGAUGCAACAACUCCUCUUGCUGAAAGUCUUGAGCCAGUGGAUCUACCCACAUCCGAGCAGAUCCAUGUACAAGAAAAAAUAUUCGAGGAUAUACAUGAAGUGGAAGCAGUCACAGAUGGACCCCAAGAGGAAACAGAGUUCAAGGGUGAUGCACAAGAGAAACCACAAGGUGAAACUGUUCAGGAAAACUUGUGUGUAGAAGGUGCAACAACAGAUGUGCCUGUAGUUACAGAAUCCAUUGAAGGUGGCAGUGCAACAUUACCUCUUACUGAGCUAGGUACUGAACCAGUGAAGGAUUUAAAAGCUGAGGAUGGACAAGGACCAGAUAAGAUACAAGGAUCACCACUGGCUUUUAAGGGGGAUGGCCUGCUACCACUUGAAAGGGUAAUCUCUGAGGGUAUCACAGUAGAGGAGACAGUUACGGAGGAAUCCAUGGAAGAAACUAAAGUGACAGUUGAACAACAAGAAAAAAUACAAGUUGAAGACAUUGAUAGUGAGAAUGUCCAAGAGCCAGAAGUGUUGCAGUCUGUUGUUGAAGAUGCUGUAAAGGAAGCAUUGAUGGAAGAAGGUACUUCAGUCCCAAUGCCUGAAGUCAAAGACGGUAUUGAUUUGGAAAGUGCAAGAACACCUGUUAUUGAGGGAAGUCCUGAGCCAAUGAUCUCCACAACAGAACAGGUUCAGGUACCAGAUGUAAAAACAGCAGAGGCAUCGCCAUCAGAUUCAGCCGCCAACCUUCUAGAAAAACCCGUUACAGAGGAACCGCAUCCAGCAACUGAAGUGAAGGUUGAAGAUCUAAAAACAGAGAACAUUCAAGAACAAGAAGAACCACCAUCUUAUGUAAAAGAUGUUCAGGAAACCUCAACUGAGGGAGGUGUAAUCCAGGCUUCUGUAGUUUCAGAAAGUAUCACUGAGGGCAGUGGGAUGGUACCUCCCACUGAACUAAGUCCUGAGUUGAAAGAUGUUAAAAGAACUGAGGAUGAACAAGAACCAGAAGUGACUGAUACAGCACAAGGAGUGAAAUCAGUACCAGAGAUAAGCAGCCUGUCACCACUUGAAAAAGCUGUAUCUGAGGAUGUUCCUACACUCGAGACAGUUAUAGAUGAACCCCAAAAGGACACAGAAAUGAUUGUUGAGCAAGAGGAAAAAAUGGAAGGUGUUACAACAGAGUAUGUUAAAGAACCAGAGGAACCAGCACUACCUCUCACUGAACAAAGCCCUGAAUCAGUGGAUAUUUCAAAAACUGAGGAACUUCAUGAAACAGAAGUUUUAAAUACAGAGCAAGAAUCACCAAUUGAUUCAGAUGAGGCUAACCUGCCAGAACUUGAUGAGGCAUCAUCUGUGGAUGCUCAUAUGGAUCAGAUUCAAGAACAAGAAGAAAUAGAGACUGUGCAGAAAUCACUUGAUAAAGAAAUAUCAGAGGAUAUUCCAGUAGUGGAAACAGUUGUGGAAGAACCCCAAAAGGACACCGAAGUUAAUGCACAAGAAAAACUACAAGCUGAAGCUGACACAACUGAAAAUAGUCAAGAACCUGAGGUUUUGCUACCUACCGUGAAAGAGAUCAUUCAAGAAACCUCAAUAGAGAAAACAGUCCUUGUUUCUGAAGUCGCAGAGGGUAUUGAUGAAGGUAAGGAAACAACACUUCUUUCUGAACAAGGUCCCGAGCCAGUGGAUAUUUCAAAAACUGAAAAUGUACAAGAACCAGAUAUAAAACAAGAACCACCAUUGGAUUUAGAAAAAGACAACCUUCUCCAUGAAAAAGUCAUAUCUGAGGGUAUUCCAGCAGUGCAGACCAUUAUUGAUGAACCACAAAAGGAAACAGACGUCCAUGGCGAACCACAAGACAAAGGACAAACUGAAGCUUCUGAACCUGAGCAUGUUUUGAAAACAGAAGUAUUGCCAUCAGAUGUAGAAGAUACUGUGACAGACACCAGGGCUGAGGAUGAUGCAUCUACUGAUGUUCAUGUGGUCGCAGAAAGUACCGAGCUAGGUGGUGCAGAAACACAAGUAACAGAAGAAUUACCAUCUGAUAAAGAAGAUAAUGUAAAAGACGUGAAAACUGAGGAAGGCAUAUCAAUGCCUAAGGAUGGUAGUGCUGAGAAACUCGAAAGCCAUAUACUUCCAGAACAUGUUACCAGAAAAGAAACUGACAGUGCCAUAUCGUCUGUCACAGAUCAAAUUGAAAGUGAAGUUACAGCACAACUGGACCAAGUUGAGGAAGUAUUAGAAGGUCAUAAGCCAGAGAAGAUGCUACAAGAUGUUAAAUUUGAACAGGAAGACUUGACCCUUGAAGUUGCACAAGAGUUAGAAACAAUACCACAACUUCAUGUAUCCUUUGAGGAAUCAAAUAAUGUUCAGGUCCCUGGAGAGACUUUACUUUGUGAAAUAACCCAAGCUCCUGCUGUAGACAAUGCUGCAAUUACUGAUGAAUCAAAACAUGAACUGCACCUCAGCGAAGUUCAAGUCACUGAUGAGAGGGAAAAGGAGGGUGAACAUCCUAGCAGUGAGACUAAAGCUGCCACACUUGAGCAUGCUGUUGUGGCAGAAGUAGUCACAUGUCAUCUCAAAGAGGUCGUAGCAACAAUACCCGAUGUUUUGACAGAGAAAAUGACAGUCAUUACUAAACCUCCGAUCAACGGAGGGGCAAAUCAGGAGGUGUUUGAGAAAGCCAACACUGUGGUACCAUUAGAGAGAGAUGACUCAGCAGUGACAGCAGAACAAUUCAGUGGGGCUCAGAUGAUGCAUGUCCCAUCGGGGGCAUUUGAAGACUAUCAUAAAAUUGAAGUGUUAGAAGUUGAAGUAACAGAAACAAUGGAAGUCAUAAAUGUUUGUCAUGAAACAGUUACAAAGGUGGAGAAUCUCUCAACAACUCAUGACAUUGAAGAGGAAACAAAGGCAACCAUUCAGGAAAUUAUUCAACAUGUGCCAGAUAUAUUCCCAGAAACAGCAUCUGAAUCAGAAGUUGCCAUUUUGAAACAUGCUGUAACAAAACUGCAGGAUACUGUAAGUGAAGUGUGUGAGUUGGCUGAACCUGAAUCAACCCAAACAGAGAAUCAAAAAGAGGUGGAUGAUGGGACAGAGAGUAAAGGUGAGGUACCUGCUCUCAUCAGUGAUGACUCUGCAACAGCACAGCAAGUGUCUCCAAAGCUGGAGGAAACCAAAGCUGAAGAGAUGAAAACAGCAGCAGGCGAAGAUAUCAAAUCAUUAUCAGAGGAAAUAGAUGUAAGAAAAGGCCAUGAACCACCACAAAUUACACAAAUUUCUCAUAGUCUUGUUGCAACACCAAGCAACACUGGGUUUGUGAUCCCACAGAAUACAGGAAUUGUUUCAUCAGUGGGUAAUGUUGAAUCCCCUUCGAGUCUUUCUUUGGAAUUCAAGCUUAACAUCCACUUUGGUCAGGCAAAGGCACAACCUCCCAUGACAACUACAGACAGAACUGAACCACUGAAAAAGAAAGAUGUGUCUGAGGUUGGAGUCCAAGCAGAAAAGGCAGCGAAACCAAGUGAGCCAACAGUUCCAACACAUCAAGCUCAGGGCCAGGAAAGCACUGAGAUCACAACUCAACCUGUACAGCUGGAUGUUAGCAUCCAAACAAUCAAAACAGCUGAAUCAGACACAAAACCACCAGCUUCCCUGUCAGCAAUAACAGAGGGACCUGAACCCGUGAAAGAGGUGGAUGUUUCUGAAGUUGGAGUUCAGGAACAGACAGAGAUGAGUGAGGUUAAUUAUCAGUCAACGGAAAUAUCUGAAUCAGUAGCACUCCAAGUUUCAUCUGCAGGAGAGGUGAUCAAAUCUCAACCUGAGCUCUUGGAUUUAGCCAUACAUGCAGAUGAAGCGAAAGAGCUAGUAUCAAAGGAAUCUGUUCCUCCACCACCAGUAGAGGAGAAGGAUGAAUCUGUGGAACAAGUCGAUGUUCCAAAUGCUGGAGUUGAUGUAGUAGAGCCAAUUGAACCUGUAAAGCCAAUACAUCUUACACAAACAGCUGACAGACACGUAGAAUUUGCACAAGCUAUCACUGACAUUCUUCCAGCAGAUAUAACUAUACUUGCUACUGGGCCUGAGGUAUUGGAUGUUGAAGCAGAGACACCAGUAGCAGAAAGAGAAAGUUCCCCACAACCGAAAGAGAAGGAGGUUGAGCAGUUGACACAGACAGAUGUUUCUGAGGUAGAAGAUAAAGCCAAAGAUGCAGUGGAGCCUGCAGAGCCAAUACAUUUCACGCAAAGAGCUGAGAGCAAGAUCGAGCCCACUGAGGUUACUGUUCACCCAACAGAAAGCGAGGAAUCCAUAGCAGACAGUUAUAAAGAAGAACGAGCUGUGAUCAUGACUCAACCUGUACUUUUGGAUGUUGCCAUACAUGCAAUUGAAACAAUAGAGGUACAAUCAAAGGCCGUUUCCAGCCCACCUCCAAUUAUAGAGAAAGCCGAAGACUUGACAUUGCCAGAUGUUUCAAGGGAUGAAGUCCAAGAACCUGUUGAGCUAAUAACUUCAACGGAAAAUGCUGAAGGUCAGAAACAAAUUGAGCUACCUGAGGUUGGUGAUCAGGCAGCUAAGAUUGAAGAACCAGAGGAACCUUCAGGUUUAACAGAAAGAGCUGCAAUGACAACUCAUCCAGGGCUGUUGGACGUUGGUUCCCACAUUGAGACAGAGGAACCAAUGACCAAAGCACCAGCUUCCCCACCGCCAACAACAGAGAAGUCUGAGGACUUGAUGCUUGGAAAUGUAUCAGAGGUUGAAGGUAACGCCAAAGAAGCAGCAGAACCUGUAGAAUCAAUAGAUCUCACCCAAAGAGCUGAAAGCAAGAUCGAGCCCAUUGAGAUUAAUGUUCAUCCAACAGAAAUGGAGGAUUCAGUGGCUCACAUAGAUUCAACAGAAAAAGCUGUGAUCAUGACUCAUCCUUUCCUCUUGGAUCUUGCUGUUCAUGCAACUAAAACCGUAGAGGUAGAAUCAAAGGCUCCUGCUUCCCCUCCACCAAUAACUGAGAGAACCGAAGCAUUGACGCCAUUAGAUGUUUCAAAUGAUGAAGUUCAAGCAGUGGAACCUGUAGAACCUGCGGCGCAAAUAACUCCAACAGAGAGCCACACACAAAUUGAACCACCUGAAGCUGAUGAUCAGGCAACAGAGAUCACAGAACCAGAAGAACCUUUGAGUGAAGAGAAACCAGUGAUUCCGACUCAACAAGUGUCAUUGGAAUCCGACAUACGCACAACUGAAAUGGUAGAUCAAGUUGCAAAUGCACCCACAGUAUCAGUGGACAUAAUGGCACCCUUGAAACAGGCAGAUGUGUCAGAUCCUGAUGCACAGGCAGAGGAGGCCUCUGAAGGCCAGAAGCAGUCAGAGCUGAUCGAAACAUGUCUUGAAGCCACAGGAAUCACAGAACCAGAAGUGAGCUUUGAUUUAACGGAAAAAGCUGUGAUCACAACCCAUCCUGCUCAGCUGGAUGAUGGUGUACAUACAACCAAAACAGUAGAAGUAGAAGAUGUAGAAGAAGAAAAAGCAGAAAUGGUAGAACGAGUAACCUCAAGUGUCCAGUCAACAGACAACAUUCAAGAAGAAGUGUUGCUGAGUGGACCGGUGGAGUCAGAAGCAGAUGAUCAAGAAACAAAAGUGGAGAAAAAGCAUGCUCAUCAUCCAGAGGAGGAGAAUGACCAAGAUGUGUGGAUGGAUGCUGAGGAGGGUCUAUCUACCCAAGAGGAAACAGAAGUGUCCUUUCAAGAGGUCGAGGAACAUCUAGACUCGAAAGCAGAGAGUGUGCAAGGGGAAGAAGCGGCUCUUGAAGAGGAGGUCGAAAUCACUCCCAAUGUCCAGACAGAGGAAGAAGGAAGUCAACAGGAAGUGUACGAAACAAAAGAAGCAUGUGGAAAUGAAAGUGAGGGUGAAGGUGAAGAUUUUGCUAUUGCACUUGAACAUCAGGAAUUCGCAGCUGGAAGCGUUACGACAGUAGAGUGGGAUUAGUUUCACUGGACUUGAGCAGCGCAGAUCGGUGAGCUUCUCUUCUUUUAGUCACAUUUCUCUUGUACUAAAUCGUGAUUUUCAUUUGUUUAAAUAUCAAAUUUAAUUGAUAUUCCUCUUCUUGUUUUUUGCCUUUAAGGUUGGACAAUCAAAAAUGAAGUCAAUCAAGUUUGUAUUCUUCAAAAAGACGUUAAGAUGACGACCGACUUUGGGAGAGACCUUCAGGAAACAGCAGUUUGCUGCUUUUAUUCGUCAGUAUGAACCAAAAAUACAUGUGUAUUUUGUGGUGGAAAAGGCCUUUAUUUAUGGAUUUAUUUUAUUACUUAUAUAAAGCAUAUGAUUAACAAGAGAGAUUAUGCAAAUGUCAGCUAUAUUUGUUGAGUUUUUCACCCUAAUGUACAUAAAUACUAAAGAUUUGACAUUAAACUACCUUCAUAAUGCUGUGGCAUCUUUUGGUUGAUCUUAGGACUUUUUGACAUAGUGCAGCUUCCAUACUAAUCAUGCCACGCCUUUUAAAUAAUCAUUAAUGUUUGUGCAAAGUUUUUGUUGUGGAUUUUCAGAGGCAAUUGAUAUCCUAAUGUUUUACACUGGAGAAUAAAUUCUUACUAACCAACAAGUCAAAUGAAGAACACUAAGACAUCACUAAGAUACUAAACAUGGUAUCUCAGAGUCUGAGCGUAACAAAUGGGUUACCAUCACUAUAAGCCUUCAGUCCUCUCUGCAGAUUGAUUCCCUUAUGCCUGUGCUGGUAAGGCUAUUGCUCCAGUCAUGUGGUUAUAUGCUAGUUUGACUAGACACAGUCAACAUACGAUCUGAUGUCCAUUUUCUAGAUCACAAUACUGCCAAACUGCACCGCUCUACAAGAUGUCAUCUACCAUCUGUGGUUGUUUACAUUCAGGUAGUAGAGCAUUACUAGCAGGCCCACUACAGUAAGAAUAUAGAAAAAAAACAUUUGUUUUACUAGCAAUUAAUUCUGAUGGCGACUAGUAAGAAGAUUGAGCUGAACUGUCUGGUUGACUAAAUGUAAACAUUGCGAACCGUAGACUGCCUAUGUUCAAGAGAAUAAGAUUAAAGUCUUGUUAUCAGUUUGUGCUUCAAAUGUAUUUUUAUAAAUGUUGAACAUACCCUUAUAGAGGUAAUAUUACUUAAUUUUUCUUCAUGCAUACAUCUGUUACUUGCACAUUACAGCCUUUACCUAAUCUCUGUCAUUUCUUAUUUGUUAAAUCUUUUCACUGAAAUACAUUUUCUCAUGGGAUCUAUGCAGGAAAAAACAGCAAAUGGACCUGAGUGUACUAGUGUGACUGUAUAUUAUCUUGUACAUAAGAGCUGUUUUAAUGCUUAUAAAGGCUGCAUUCAUUUUGAAGCUGCAAAUAUUUCUACAGGUUUUAAAAUGAGCGCAUGAUGAGAGCAUGACACAUCAAAUAUCUGCACACUUUUGAUUUAAUCUCAUCUGCUCAUAUGCUCUUACCUUGAAAUACUUAUGAUCAUCAGAGCCUUAAAUUUCAAGGCAAUUUUGCCACAUUUUUCUUUCAUGUAAGCUCUAAUAAGCUUGCAAGAUUUAUAUCAUGAUAGCACAGACUGAGCGAUCAAAGUGUGCAGUGAGGGUGAGAGAGAUAGAGAGAAAUAAGGUAAUAACAGACAGUUUGCCAUUUUUGGAUUUGUUUCCUUGUAUACUGACUUUUAUGGAAAUUUCUUGCUGAUCUGAUCUGUGUAUAUGUUAAUUAAUGACAAAAUACAAAAAUAAACCCGUCUUUAUAUAUUUGCAUUAUGCAGUACAAUUAUCCGAGUUUCACUCAUAACAUUGUAUUUUAUUUUGAAUAAAUUAAUGCCUUUAAAUUUUA